AAAAAAACUCUGGAGAGAGAGAGAGAGAGGGUGUGCGUACGCGUGUGUGUAUGUCUAUGUUGCACACAUAGAAACAAUCUAUUGGAUAAUUAAAAAGAUGGAACUUGACAAAAUUAUAUAUAUAUAAACGUGUGUCAUUUUUAAUUUAAAAAUAAAAAAACAAUUUUUUUUCAUUUAUUUAAAGUAUGAAUAAAACAAGAGUAAAUUAAAAUAAGAAAAAAGAAAAGAAAAUAAAGAAAAAUUGUAAAAUUUUAAAAUAAACAAAAACAAAAAAAAAGAAAAAAAAAUUAUUUUUUGCUGUGAUCCAUUACAUUUUGGAAAUAUAUCUUUUUUGUUGUUGUUGUUGGUGUUGUGGAAAGAAUUUCACUUUAUAUUAUGUCAAUAAAUCAUCAAAAAGAUACAACAUUAACAAAAAUUUUUGUUGGUGGAUUACCAUAUCAUACAACAGAUGAAAGUUUACGUUGUUUUUUUGAUCAAUUUGGUCCAAUUGAUGAAGCUGUAGUGAUUACUGAUAGACAAACAGGAAAAAGUCGAGGUUAUGGAUUUGUAACUAUGACUCGCACUGAAGAUGCCUUACUUGCUAUUCGUGAUCCUAAUCCAUGUAUUGAUGGUCGUAAAGCUAAUGUGAACUUAGCAGUACUUGGAGCUAAACCUCGUCUUAUGCCUGGAACUAACACUGCAGUACCGGGAUUUUUUCCACUUCAAACUGGGUUACCUUUAGACGCUAGUCAUCCAGGUUUCUAUAAUAAUCCAGCCACCGCUGCAGUUGUUACUAAUUCUUUAAUGAAUCCUUUAAUGAAUGCAGGUCUAUUGACAGGUUUCAAUAUGCCAAAUGCUGCUGCUGCUGCUGCUGCUACAUUAUCACCAGGUAUGAAUGGUAUGCUACAAACGCCAACUAAUCAUAUAUCAUCUGUAGCUACUGAUCCAACAUCUGAUAAUCGAUUACAAGCUCAGCUCCCAUUGAAUCCGCUUGCUAAUUUAAAUUAUUUACUUAAUUAUUCAAAUGCAAUUGCAAAUCCUUCAUCUGGUGCUGCAGCUGCCGCUGCCGCUGCUGCAGCAGCAGCAGCUCUUUCAGCUACAGCGAAUACAAAUCAGCCAAGUAUUUCACCAGCUGCAUUAGCACUUUUAAUGUCCACCUAUGGACAGGGUACAAGUGGGUUGAAUACUGUGUUACCGGGAAAUAAUUCAUUUGUUGGAAUGUCACCUGUCACACAUCAAUCGCUGAAUGCAACCAGUCUACCAGCAACAAGCUUAUUAAAUUUGAAUUCUACUACGUCAAAUACAACUGGUUUAAAUGUAUUAACAGGUAGUCAGUCUGUAUCACCAUUCUGUAGAACAUUCACUCCAGAGGUUUCACCAAAUGAAUUAAAUGCAUAUUCUGCUGCUAUGGCUUAUCAGAGACUGCUUAAUAUGGCAUCAAAUUAUCAAACGAUUCCAUCAUCUUUAUUAACACCUAUUAAUUCAACUAAUUCAUUGUCAAGCGCCUUGCUUAGUAAUCAGUUUGCUUUAAGUUCAAAUCAUACUAUGAAUUACAAUAAUAACAAUAGCGGUAGUAAUAAUAAUAAUAGCAAUAACCAUACAUCUAAUAAUAAUAUCAGUGUAUCAGCAGAUCAAUCCAAUUCAAUGCCUUUGAUAUUUCCGCCUACAUCACGUAAUUUAAUUGCAUUCACAUCGGACAUAAAUAGUGCAUCAUAUGAUUAUGGUAAUCCACAAGAGCUAACUGCUAAUAUUCAUGCUAGUCUAACAACAGGUCAACAUUCAACAACAAAUACUACACCUCCACCACUUCGUGAAGGUUUAGAAUGUGUCAAUGCAUCUGUGAAUUUUUGAUUCAUAAAAUUAUACACAAAACUGGAAAACAAUCGUGGAUAUUGUGAAAACAAUAAUCAUUUUCUUUUUUCUUAGACAUGUCUUGUUCGAGGUGAUCAAUGUAAAUUGUUCUUUACUUUCUCUUUAUUUAACCUGUACUUUAAUUGACAGUGGUUGAUUGUAAAAAUGAAAUUUAACCAUCAUAUAAUGUUGAAUAUGUGUUUUCCAACUAACCUUUACUCUUAUUCUACUUGUCUUCUAGUUAACUUAUUACAUUGACAACUGAAAAACUGUGAUUUCUUCCAUUAUCUUUCUUAUCAUUGAAAUAUGACACCAUAUGGUAGUUGAGUACACUACAUGAUUGAGAGUUCUACUGAAUAUCUUUAUGACUUCAGUAUUACUGGUAGAUUUAAUUUUCUUUUCUCGCCCCCCCCUGUUGUAUUAAUUGCUCAAGAUAGAAAGAGUUUCUGAGACCAUCGGUUAUCUGUAUAAUUGAACCGUUGUUUGUUUUUUUUAAAAAAGCAAGACUGUCAACUUGAAUAAUAGCAAAGAAAAAUACUUACUUGAGU